AAUAAGAAACAAAGGAAGAAGGUUCUUUCUGCCUCCUCCAGUUACAAACUCAAAAAUCAAAAUCGAAACCAGAGCACAAAAGAUUCCCAUUCCACUACAAAGCGCAAUCUAUUCGCCGGCGGAAGAUGACAUCAUCACUGCCGGCGACUCAUUCAUCAGCAGAUCUCCACAAUUCAUUUCCGUUCCCGUCAAAACCACUACCACCAUCAUCAUCAUAUGCUGGUGACGGUGAUGGGGAUAAGACGACUGACGCUCCGUUGCUUUCUAGGGAUUUGCUUAACAACAAUGGUGCUAAUGGCGGAACUAAUAAACAGCAACCGCGCCGCCGGGCCUCUGCCAGCAGGAAGCCAGAUAAGCAGCCUCAGAGGCAGCUGUCUUUGGGCCGAGAUAUCGGGCAUGCCGCAAGCGAAACUUACUUGCUCACUCGCCUCACCAUCAAGCUUCUUAGAUAUCUCGGGGUAGGUUAUCGGUGGAUCACAAGACUAGCUGCCCUUGCACUCUAUGCGCUUUUACUUAUGCCUGGGUUUCUUCAAGUUGCAUAUUAUUAUUUCUUCUCAAGCCAGGUGCGGCGUAGUAUUAUUUAUGGAGAUCAACCAAGAAACAGGUUGGAUCUAUAUUUACCAGAAAAUAUAGAUGGGCCAAAACCAGUUGUUGCUUUUGUAACUGGUGGUGCCUGGAUUAUUGGGUAUAAAGCAUGGGGUUCUCUUCUAGGCAAACAGUUGGCAGAAAGAGACAUCAUAGUCGCAUGUAUUGAUUACCGAAAUUUCCCUCAGGGAACCAUCAAUGAUAUGGUAACAGAUGCUUGUCAGGGGAUUUCAUUUAUCUGCAACAACAUCUCAGAAUAUGGAGGUGACCCUAACAGGAUUUACCUUAUGGGACAGUCAGCCGGUGCACAUAUUUCUGCCUGCGCUCUUGUGGAGCAAGCAAUCAGAGAAGCUAAGGGAGAAGAGAGUAUCUCCUGGAGUGUUUCCCAGAUAAAGGCAUAUUUUGGUUUAUCUGGAGGGUACAAUUUAUUGAAGUUAGUUGAUCACUUCAAUAAUCGGGGCCUUUACCGCUCUCUUUUCUUGAGCAUAAUGGAAGGGGAAGAAUCCUUGCACAAAUUUUCUCCUGAAGUUAGAAUAAAGGACCCAACCAUUAGACAUGCUGUUCCACUCCUGCCUCCAAUUACCCUUUUUCAUGGAACUGCAGAUUGUUCUAUACCAUCAACUUCCAGUAAAACUUUUGUAGAUACACUUAAAAGGUUAGGAGCUCGGGCUGAUCUAAUUUUGUACGAGGGAAAAACUCAUACAGACUUGUUUCUGCAAGAUCCUUUAAGAGGUGGCAAAGAUGAGCUGUUCGAUCACCUGGUCGCAGUAAUACAUGCCGGUGAUAAGGAAGCGCUUGCCAAGGAUGCUAAUCCACCUCAAAGAAGACGCCUCGUGCCGGAGGUGUUAUUAAGGUUCGCUGGUCAUAUUAGCCCUUUUUAGUAGUUAAAUGUUUGACACUUAAAGUUGUUUUACAUGUGCCAUUCUUUUAUAGGAACUACACUUGUACUAGUUGAGAUGUUGUAGAAGGAACUGUUUAAUACUAUAUAGGUCUUCUUUUUUCAAUAACAACUGAUGCUAGUCCUGUUUACCUGAAA